AUGAGAGAUAGAAGAGGGAGAAGGAGCUUGGGGUCCGCCUGUCACGGCUCGCUGCUGCCAGCAGUGUACAAGGCGGCCUUGGCCCACUCGGCCAAUCAGCGCGCUCAUCGUCCUGUGGCCGAUCACUCGCAGGACGCUAUAUUAUACGUCACGGUGGUGAUCGUGUUCUACGCGGCCAUCAUUCUGCUGCUGGUGGGCACCAACCUGCGGCGCCGCAGCGGCCGUCCGCGCAACGCCCCGCCGCCGCCGCCGCAGGUGCUGGUGUACGACCAGAAGAGGGGCACCGUGCAGCAGAAGAGCGUGACGCCGCCGCGCCAAGGAGGGGUCCCGUCCGCCGCGCGCCACGUCGCGUGUAGAGGCCUCGCCUCCGCGCCCGCCCGCCUCCCCGCCUCCCGCCGCCUCUCCCGCCUCCCGCCCCCCGUGCCGCCCGCCCGCUCGCCCUCCUCCCCCCGUCCCAGAGACCAUGUGUGUCGUGUGCUAUGUGAUUGGGCUCGCCAAUUCGCCCUCUGCCACCCGCCGUCUCGGAUCGGCGCCCAUGUCAGACCCUAG